AUGAACACCAACAAUAUAAAUGUCUAUGGCUAUCCGUCAUAUGACCAAGGCACAUCCGACAUCGAUCCGGGCACCAUCAAUACUUGGGCCCAACCUAGCUCCCUAUCAGCCGGGGAUUGGAGCACCCAAAGCCAGCAUUACACCAACCACCCCUCUAUGCAGGCACCAAACAACACAAAUACGUUCAGCCCACAGACUUGGGUGCAGCAACCUCAACCUACCGUUGACUUGAAUUCUGUCCAGUUUCAGUCUGUCAAGAUCAGGAAACCGAACCAAGAAUGGGCAUCCAUCGACGUUUUCUACAACCCACGGAUGCAGCUGAGUUACCUCACCAAAGGAGCUGCAGAGGAAGCUGGUUGCUCUCUUAACGAUCUGAUGACAUUCUAUCCCGGCAACAACGGCCACGGCUGGACGCAAGAUGGGGUUCAGGCCCCUGCUUACUGGGUUGAGAUCGAAAUCAAGAGCGAGAUGAGAAGCCCUGGUCCUUUUUGGUUUCCGAAGAGGAAGGAGAAUAUCGCCAUCUACCCGCUCCCCCAGUACCCAGGUACCAACGCCGGGUUGAUCAUGGGCCAAAAACUGUGGGAGAAUUUGUUCUCGCGACGAAGCGGUGGCACUGCCCCUGCUUCCCAAUCCUUCAGCAACUAG